AAAGAACAUUGACAUUGGACUAUAGGUAAACCAUGAAAACACUUGAUAAUUCAUAAAUGACUAUACAUGUACCGUAAAAAGGGGUCAAUAGAAAUGGCGGGGGGAAUAGAAACAAACACUUGGUCUAUUUUUAAACAUUUCGUAUAGCAAACUUACGCGUCACACCACAAAAACCCGAUAGUUUAACAAUUUGGUAGUUUUAUUUAUUUUCCCCUGGCAGCAUUUAAAAUGUGGCAACAUCGCGAAAAAAUUAAAAAACUUAACGUCAAAGUUUACUUCAACACGACCGGUGAAGUGUUAGCGUGUUUACUUUUGCUAUAAAUCAUCGUAGUUUUGUGUAAUUGGUUUAAUUUUGUCAUAAAAUACUGCCUGUGUUAUCAUUGGUGUGUUUUGCUGCAUAAAUCAAGGUACAAAUAUGCCUCGAAAUUAUAAACCGAAUCCACGUGGUAAGCAGUAUCGCAAAUACGAUGAUGCUACAAUUAAGCAAGCUUUGGAAGUAUACAAUACCACUCCAAAUUGUUCAAUAUCUGUCAUUGCAAAACAGUACAACAUUAAUAAAUCAGUUUUAUAUCGGCAUAAUAGAAAAACAAUGAAAAAGCAAGGUGGGCAAACUGCUUUAGACGAUGACACAGAACAUCACAUUGUACAGUAUUUAAAUGUUUGUAGUGAUUGGGGCUAUCCAUUAGACACAUAUGAUUUAAGAAUAAUGGUGAAAUUGUAUUUGGAUAAUAUGGGUAUCACUCAUAACCGUUUCAAAGAUAAUAUGCCAGGGCCAGAUUAUGCCACAAGAUUUUUAAAAAGGCACAAAGAUUCCAUUUCUUUGAGAUUAUGUCAAAAUAUUAAAAAAUCAAGGGCUCGAGUAUCGCCCGAUACUAUCGAAGAAUAUUUUGGAGAGUUGGAAGAGACAUUAAAAGAAAUCGACCCAAACAAUAUCGUCAAUUACGAUGAAACAAAUCUCAGUGAUGAUCCUGGGCGAAAAAAGGUAAUUGUUAAAAGGGGAACCAAGUACCCUGAAAGGGUACUUAAUCAAUCAAAAUCAUCCAUAUCAAUUAUGAUGGCUGGUACAGCAGCAGGAGUGCUUUUACCUCCUUAUGUAAUUUAUAAAGCUAGUAAUGUUUAUGACUCCUGGACCACAGGUGGACCCAAAGGAACGCGGUAUCAUAGAACUGCAUCUGGAUGGAUUGAUGGUAACACGUUCGAAGAUUAUAUUAAAUGCAUUAUAAUACCAUUCUUUAAAGAUAAACCAGGAAGAAAAAUACUGAUUGGGGAUAAUUUAUCAUCCCAUUUGUCUAUAGAGGUAAUUAAAAUUUGUGAAGAGAAUCAUAUUUCAUUUGUUUUUUUACCGGCCAAUUCGACACAUUUGACACAACCUCUGGAUAUCGCCUUCUUUAGACCGAUGAAAAUGGCAUGGAGAAACAUUUUAUUACGAUGGAAAAAAACAGAUGGCAGAUCCCAAGCUACAGUACCAAAAGGUUGCUUCCCAAGGUUGUUAAAACUACUUAUAAACGAAUUGUCAGAAAACGUCGAUUCGAACCUUAAAGCAGGUUUUCGAAAAGCAGGGAUUAUUCCUAUUGACCGCAACGAAGUUCUUUCAAGGCUUCCCAAAGAAAACACUGAAGACCCUGAAAAAUCGAGAUAUGCAGUUGACAAGUCCGUUUUAGAUAUAUUAAAAGAAAUGCGGUAUGGUACCAUAAAUAUCAAAGAACCAGCACAUAAAAGUAAAAUUAAUGUAGAUUCUGGCAAGAGCUUGGGAAACAUAGAUGAGGAAAACUUUGAAACUGAGUCUGAAAACGAAACUACUAGUAAGCGACCAAAGACACGUAAACAAGGCAACAAGAAGAAAAAGAUCAAAGUAAUUCCAGGAAAAGCAGUCGAUUUAAAUUCUGAAGAUAAUAAAACUGAAAAUGAAGAACGUAAUAUAGCUAACACUGAAAAUGUAAUAAAAAAAUAUAAGAAGAAAGUGGUGCGGGCACCCAAAUGCAAGAUAAAUAGUAAGAAAAAAGAAGUAAAAACUCUAAUAGACAAGUUAAAAACGGAUUUGAUGAAGAAAGAGAUGGAAACGAAUACGGGGACACCAAAAUAUAACGAAACAAAAAAAAUAGAUGUAAGUGUAUUACCAAUGGUAUGUGUUGAUGAAUGUAUUAUUGCCAGUUGCUCAGAAAAUACUAAUAAUACUUGCAAUGAUUUAAAUCACAAAAAGAACUAUGAAGAAGUAAUUGACAAUAACUGCAAUAGUUACAAAGAAUCAUUUCAUCAAGAAAAUAAUUUUGAAGAUUAUUGGGGCAAUGGUUCGCAACAAAAAGAUGAUGAACUGUUUGUUAACACCUACUUUGAUAAAGAUGUAGCAAACGAAGAUUAUGUUCCAGACAUAGUAACAGAAAACAUAUUUCACGAAUUAAUAGACCCCCUAAAAGAUGGGGUAUGUGUAAAUUAUAACAGCUAUGCAGCAGAAGCAACAGCAGAAAACAAUAAUUCCAAAGAUAAAAAAAUCGCUAUUAUUUCUGUAGAAAAUGUUGAUAGUGAUAGUCGUCCGGUAACUCUAAAUAAGUGUAAAAAAAUAUCUUUAAAUUCCAUAGUUAGCGUUAAAAAAGAUAACAGCCAGAACUCCAAAAACAUAAAACAAGUUAAAAGUAAAUUACGCAGAAGAAGCUAUUACAAAAAUGAGGCUGAUAUUUUAAGAGAUUUGAUUGAUGACAAUAUUCAAUAAUUGCUUGAUUUUAUAAUUUUGAAAUUGUAAAGUUUGUGACUUUGCUCAUACAGCGAUGACGGCACUUAUGCCGGGACAGAUGUCAUGCAACAGUGUCGUCGUCGUUGUUUGUUUAAUUUGAUUUGGUUAUCAUGUCAUUAUAGUAUGACCACAUGACAAAAUAUUAAAUAUUUGCUUACCUUAUUUACUUAGUAAGUUGUUAAUUGUUUAAAACAAAUGUGUCAGGGUUCAUUAGGCCUUUUUCGUUUUUACAAAUUAAAUUAGGGUAACAUAAUUAUUCAACAAAGUGAUAAAUACCAAGAAGAUAGUUGUAACAUUUUGUCAUGUGAAAUAAAUUAUUUCAUGUUUAUGUAACAAUGUGGCAAUACUCUAUAGACUUUCUAAUUGAGUUGUUGAUUAGGUAUCAAUAAUUAAUUAAUAUAAGUUAUAAUUUACGGUUUUUAUGUAUCUCAAAAAGACUAAGAUUAAGUACAAAAUAAAAGUGUAUAAGUAAUUAAUUACAUUUAAAAAAAAAAAAAAUAUUUUCUUUCUA